CGUUCUUCUGGUCUGCAAUGGAUACGGCCUUUUUUGUUUCACUUAACAUUUAACCAAAAACUAACGGAUUUCAGGAGAAAAUUUAUCGACUGACAUUAAAACGGAGACAAAACGGUUUAAAAUUUAUUCAAACAGAUAUCUCUCGCAAUACUGUUUUCCGUCGACAUAAUUGUAAUACAGCCGGUUCUCCACAGUGGCGGGUGUGGCCUCGAUGGACCCGCCCAAUAAGCCUGGAUCCAAUCAGGUAGCAGAUGUGGUCUUCGUCAUCGAAGGAACUGCCAAUCUUGGUCCCUAUUUUGAAUCUUUGCGGAAGCAUUACAUACUUCCUGCUAUCGAGUAUUUUAAUGGAGGGCCCCCUGCGGAGACAGACUUUGGAGGAGAUUAUGGGGGAACUCAGUACAGCUUGGUGGUGUUCAACACAGUGGACUGUGCCCCAGAAUCCUACGUGCAGUGUCACGCGCCCACUAGUUCCGCCUUCGAGUUUGUCACAUGGAUCGACAGUAUCCAGUUUAUGGGUGGUGGGGCAGAGAGCUGUAGUCUGAUCGCAGAAGGGCUCUCGGUGGCCCUACAACUAUUUGAUGACUUCAAGAAGAUGAGGGAGCAGAUAGGUCAGACUCACAAGGUGUGUGUGCUGCUGUGUAACUCUCCUCCUUACCUGCUGCCUGCUGUGGAGAGUGUCAGCUACACCGGGUGCACGGCAGACAGUCUGGUCCAGAUCAUCAGAGAUAGAGGCAUCCAUUUCUCUGUGAUUUCUCCGCGGAAACUGCCUGCUCUGCAGUCCUUGUUCGAACGAGCUUUGCCCGUGGGAGCUCCGGCCGACUCGUCCCAUCCAGACUACAGCCAAGACCCCCGUCACAUGAUCCUCGUCCGGGGUAUCGCCUUGCCUGUUGCCCCAGGGGGAGGGUCAGGGGCAGUUUCGCUCAAACCGGUUUUGCCCCCUCAACCUCUGCCUGCCAGUCAGCCUAUGGGACCGGCCUCUCAGCCCCAGCCUGCAAUCAGCACAGCCCAUCCCUACCAGACUCCCUCGCUCAACGCGGCGCAGGCAGCCGCUCAGAUGGCUCUGGAGGCAGCCAACAACCAGAAGAAUCGCUUCCCUGGAAUGCCGAACCAAGGUCCCCCCUUCAGCAGCCAACCGACUUCUCUCCCAUCGGUGAAACUCGGCCCGUCCAACCAGCCCAGCCUAUCUACAGUUACCACAGUAACAACACCUCAUUUGACCCAGCCGCAACCCGCUCUCCCCCAGCAACAGCAACAGCAACAGGUCCAGCCCCCGGGCCAGCCCACAGCCAAUCAGCAGCCGCCGCAACCCCCCCAGCAGCAGGCGGCAUCGAAUCAGCAGACACUGCCAUCCUCCCAGCCUGGCAUGCCUGGCGUGUCUGCAGCCCAGGCCAGCUCGAAUCCAAUAGCACAGCAGCAGGCAGUAGCCAAUAAGAUCAUGGCAUGGAGUGGAGUGCUGGAGUGGCAAGAGAAGCCCAAAGCAACUUCAAUGGAUUCUAAUACCAAACUCACUCGUUCCUUGCCCUGCCAAGUGUAUGUCAACCAAGGAGAGAAUCUCAACGCAGACCAGUGGCCUCAGAAACUUAUCAUGCAGCUCAUCCCCCAGCAGCUACUGACGACACUCGGCCCGCUCUUCAGAAACUCCAGGAUGGUGCAGUUUCACUUCACCAACAAAGAUGUCGAAUCACUCAAGGGUUUAUAUCGCAUCAUGGCCAAUGGCUUUGCCGGCUGCGUGCAUUUCCCCCACAGCGCCCCCUGUGAGGUGCGCGUGCUCAUGCUGUUGUACUCCUCCAAGAAGAAGAUCUUCAUGGGCCUCAUCCCCAACGACCAGAGCGGCUUCGUCAACGGCAUCCGACAGGUCAUCACCAACCACAAGCAGGUCCAGCAGCACAGGACGUUGGGCGCUGCAGGUGCAAUGCAGCAAGGCGUGGUCCCCCCCAAUCAGAACUUCCUCAACCGGCCGCCUGGACCCAUACCCGUCUCCCAUGGCAACGUCCAGCAGCAAUCUGUGGUAUCAGGCAUGCCUCCAGUCAGUCAGGUCACAAUGAUGGAGGACCAGCAAAGGCAGUCUAAUUUGUUGCCAAUGAGAGCAGCUGCCACAGCCAAUCAGCAAACACCAGGCACAGGUGCCCCACCAAGUCAGGGAGCUCAGGGUGGCCAGGCCCCACCUCAGGGACCUAUGCUCCGCCUCCCGAACCCGGGAGCCAAUCCACAACUGCGCAGUCUCCUACUCAGCCAGCAGCAACCGCAACCGGGUGUCUCGCACAUGCAAGGGCCCAUGCUCUCCCAUCAGGGACUGGGGCAGCCAAUGGUCCAUGCUCCUCCAGGAGGGGCCACUCAAAUGCAGGCCCAAUGGAGACAGCCUCUUCCAGGUCAGAUGUUGAUGGCCGGAGCUCAGAGGGGCUCAGUAGCCCAGGCCCCAGGCAUGCCCCAGGUGUCCAGUGUCAUGGAGGAUGAGAUUCUCAUGGAUCUCAUCUGAGCCAGGACCAAAAGACUGCACUUCCCAUCAGCUCCAGCUGAAGUCUUUGGUGAAGGAGCCCUGAGGGCGAGGAUUUUGCAGUUUGCCACACCCACUGAUAAUGCGAGAAAUCGCAGACGAGCGGCAUAGCCCUGACACUUACAGCAUGGGCUGUGUGUGGAGUGUGGAACAAACAGUACAGUCAGUGGCUGAUGUUGAGCAUUGUGCAGUCUUUGCAGCAGCAGACACAUAAACAAUUCAGUUAUACCUACAGCACAGGGAAGGGUGGGCACGUGGCAGUGUACAGUACGCUGUACUCUGCUACACUGAUCUGCCAUUUUGUUUGAAUUUUCAUAUAGAAGCCUGGCCCAUGUUGCCCAGAUUUACUUUUUUCUUUUUCUUUUUCUUUUUUAACAAGCUUUUACCACUCAUUUGUUGCUCUUUCCAUUUUGAGGAAU